GGUUUGUUUUCCAAAUGAAAGAGUAAGUAGCUGCAAAAGUCCUUCCUGAGAGGUGGCAUAGGUCUGGUUGAGAAACGGGUCCGGUCAGGCAGUCUUCCUGCUGUGCCCGGCACGUCCCCAUUGCCUGCCUUGAGUUGACCAGGGGGUGUGGGCUGAACCCAAGAACAACGACACCAACUGACGGCUCUGCCUAACUUAGGGCCAAGUUUUCUAAAGUCAUUAGAGAUGCUAUGAAAGCUCCAGUGUAUCGUUUUCUUGUACACCUCUUCCAAGCUUCGCCGCGCAGGCCUGGUUCUUCAACUUUCCAAAGUCCCUCCGCUUUUGACCUGGCUUUGUCUUUCACGACCGAUGGUGGGAAGAACUUCUUCCUCUACCUAUUCAUCCUCGAAGAUAUAAACCUCGUGCGAGGCCGCCUUCAGAAUGAGCCAGCAAGACCAGCAAGCCUCUCGAAACGCAUUGAGUUACUCUUCAACUCAUCAAGCAUCACCCACUCAAGCAUCGUAUACAAAUCAAGACACAAGCGAGCUUCUACGCAAGCUUCAAGAAACCACAAUCGCGGCUUUAAGAACAUCGAACAACACGAUGGACUCCCAUGGCGGCAGCAGCUCGAAGGGCACCUCGCCCGAUGACAAAGGCAAAGGCUACGACCAGUAUGCCAUCUUCGACGGCCUCCUUCCUCGGAUAGAGACAAGAGGACAGAGCAAGAACUCGUCGAAGAAGAGCAGCGGCAAGAAGAAGGAAAGCAAAGGCUCAAGUCAACAGUACGUUUCCACGGCGGACAACCAACCAGCGGGUGCUGAUGGACCGAGUCACAGUUGAAGAAGUCACCGCUCAAUCACGGACGAUCAAGUACUGUCGACCAAGAAGGCGUUCACUUUCAUCACGGUGUAGAUCUUUCACCAUUCGACGUCAAUGCCAGCUCUGAGUUGGUUCGGAGGGCUCUUGGAGCUGUAUGUGGGGCUAAUGAGAUUCCCAUCAACGACGGCGUAACAUGACGUCGGAAGACGUUUGGGUUCAGGCAUUGGGUUUCUAUUUGGACAACGCAUUUACUAGAUUUCAUUUGGUUCGGGCUUUCUGUCAAUAUCUCCCAUAUCGAUCUAAUAUCUUAUUACUAUCUACGAAUCUGCACUGCGCAUCGCUCACGUUGUUCACAAA